UAGUCAUGCUUCCCACCAGCACCCUUAAGGAUACCAGCAGCUGGAUCAGCCUCAUCCAGCUCUUCUAGUUCUGGAGCUCCAUCCAUGACACUACUACUCAGUUAGGCUCAGGUGGAGAGAGGCCCAGUGCUUAGUUCACAGAUCUUACAGACCACCAUGGACACUACGGUGAAAUCCAGUGCCCAAACCCAGGAGAGGAGUAACCACAAUGGUCAGGAGACCAGCCUUUGGUCCUCAGGCCUUGGGAUGAAGAUGGAGGCCAUCAUUCCAUUCCUGGGGAAGUAUCGUCCCUUUAUGGGUCGCUGCUGCCAGACCUGUACUCCUAAGAGCUGGGAGUCCCUCUUCCACAGAAGCAUAAUGGAUCUGGGCUUCUGCAAUGUGAUCCUUGUGAAGGAGGAGAACACCAGGUUUCGGGGCUGGCUGGUUCGCAGGCUCUGCUAUUUCCUGUGGUCCUUGGAGCAGCACAUACCCACCAGCUCUGAUGCCUCCCAAAAGAUCAUGGAAAACACUGGGGUACAGAACCUCCUCUCAGGGAGGAUUCCAGGAGGGGCUGGAGAAGGCCAGACGCCUGACUUAGUGAAGAAAGAAGUACAGCGCAUCCUGGGCCACAUACAGUCUACACCCCGCCCCUUCUUGCUCAGGCUGUGCAGCUGGGCACUGCUGUGGUUCCUGAACCGCCUCUUUCUGAAUGUGCAACUUCACAAGGGACAGAUGAAGAUGGUCCAUAAGGCUGUCCAGGAGGGCUCGCCGCUUGUCUUCCUUUCUACACACAAGUCUCUCUUGGAUGGUUUCCUGCUGCCUUUUGUACUGUUUUCCCAAGGCCUUGGUGUGGUCCGUGUGGCUUUGGACCCCAGCACCUGCUCCCCUGCUCUCAGAGCUCUACUGAGGACACUUGGGGGACUUUUCCUGCCUCCGGAGGCCAACCUCUCUUUGGACAGCUCAGAGGGCAUCCUUGCCAGGACUGUGCUCCGUGCAGCUGUGGAGCAGCUGCUAGCCAGUGGGCAGUCUCUGCUCAUCUUCCUGGAAGAGCCCCCUGGGUAUCCAGGGCCCAGGCUUUCAGCCCUGGGCCAGGCCUGGCUAGGACUGGUGGUCCAAGCGGUCCAGGCAGGCAUCAUCCCAGACGCCACACUGGUACCAGUUGCCAUUGCCUAUGACCUGGUUCCAGAUGUACCAUGGAACAUGAACCAUGACUUGGCUCCUCUGGGGUUAUGGACAGGAGCCUUGGCUGUCUUUCGGAGACUGUGCAACUGCUGGGGCUGCAACCGCAGAGUCUGUGUCCGGGUGCACCUUGCCCAGCCGUUUUCCCUCCAGGAGUACACCAUCAAUGCGAGAAGCUGCUGGGGGAGCAGGCAGACCCUGGAACAUUUGUUGCAGCCCAUUGUGCUAGGUGAAUGUAGUGUUGUUCCAGACACUGAGAAGGAGCAAGAGUGGACCCCACCAAGUGGUCUCCUCCUGGCCCUCAAAGAAGAAGACCAGCUCCUGGUCAGAAGACUGAGCCGGCAUGUCCUGAGUGCCAGCGUGGCCAGCUCAGCAGUGAUGAGCACAGCCAUCAUGGCAACACUGCUGCUCUUGAAGCACCAAAAGGGUGUGCUCCUGUCCCAGCUCUUGGGGGAGUUCUCCUGGCUGACAGAGGAGACCCUACUUCGUGGCUUUGAUGUGGGCUUCUCUGGGCAGCUGCGGUGUCUGGCCCAACAUACCCUGAGCCUGCUGAGGGCACAUGUGGUUCUGCUGCGUGUCCACCAGGGGGACUUGGUGGUGGUGCCACGGCCUGACCCAGGCCUCACACAUCUGGCACGCUUGAGUAUGGAACUGCUGCCUACCUUCCUGAGCGAAGCUGUGGGCGCCUGUGCAGUGCGGGGGUUGCUGGCGGGCAGAGUUCCACCUGAGGGGCCCUGGGAGCUGCAGGGCAUAGAGCUACUGAGUCAGAAUGAACUGUACCGCCAGAUCCUACUGCUGCUGCACCUGUUACCUCAAGACCUACUGCUGCCCCAGCCCUGUCAGUCUUCCUACUGCUAUUGUCAGGAAGUGUUGGACCGACUCAUCCAGUGUGGGCUUCUAGUUGCUGAGGAGACCCCAGGCUCCCGGCCAGUUUGUGACACAGGAAGACAGCAUCUGAGUGCAAAGCUGCUGUGGAAACCAAGUGGGGACUUCACUGACAGUGAGAGUGAUGACUUUGAGGAGCCAGGAGGCCGGUGCUUCAGGCUUAGCCAGCAGUCUCGUUGCCCUGACUUCUUCCUCUUCCUCUGCCGCCUGCUCAGUCCAAUACUCAAGGCCUUUGCCCAGGCAGCCACCUUCCUCCACGUGGGGCAGCUGCCCGAUUCAGAGGUAGGCUACUCGGAGCAGUUGUUCCAGUUUUUACAGGCCUGUGCCCAGGAGGAAGGGCUCUUUGAGUGUGCAGACCCAAACCUCGCCAUCAGUGCUAUUUGGACGUUCAAAGACUUGGGGGUACUACAGCAGAUGCCCAGCCCUACAGGACCCCAGCUCCACCUGUCCCCUACGUUUGCCAGCCGGGACAACCAGGACAAGCUGGAACAAUUUAUCCGACAGUUCAUCUGCAGUUAAAACCAGGGAACUUGAUGGGACUUGUCAGCCUAGAACUUAUGUGUGUCCUCUGGUCAGGACACAGCUAACCUAGACUUAGGAAGCCUGUGUUUGUUUGCUCAUCAUUUGGUGUGAUAAAUAAAGGGAUUAGGCUAGCUUCUUCC